UCAACAAGAAAUUAAACGACAUCUUUACUGUUGUCUUGGAGCGCCGUCUCUGACUGCACUCUGCCGAUGACACCACCGAGAUCCAAGAUGGUGUCACUCAGAUGUCUUCUGUUUUUGGUGGCUUCCACCUUCUGCUAUCUGGGAGGCACAGCUGCAGGAGACGUUCAAUUGAUGACUCGGGACAGCAGUAAAGGGAAUGAAACAUGUUAUCGUUAUGUUCCCGUCGCAUUCUCAGCAGUUAAAACCAAUAACCAGAGACUUGGUUAUCGCCAGGCUGUCGUGUUUGAAAAAGUCUUACUGAACGAAGGUAAUGGCUACCAUGCCCACAGUGGCAUUUUCUACGCCCCACAAAGCGGGGUGUACAUGUUUACUUCGAGCAUGCUCCAUCGUUCCGAGGGUAUCACAAUCCAAUUCGCCAUUAUUCACCAAGGAAGAGUUAUGGCUGAGUUCCACGCCAACGCCGAAUGGGAGCAGUUCAGCCAAACCGUCAUCAUACGGGUGAGGAAGGGCGAAACGGUGUCCGUCAGAAACAACAGGCGCAAUCUUCCAAUCAUUUUUGGCCUGUCUUAUUCCACCUUCUCUGGUUACCUACUGAGGUGAACACCAAUGAAAUGACGAUAUCUACUUGUUUUAUCUUUUGAUUUCACUCCACACUGGUUUUGUUAUGAAUGUGUUUAAGUUUGUAAAAUCUAUAUUUACCUUUUUCACUUAUUAUUUCUUGUAUGUUUCUUUCUAAUAAAAUCGUAAGCAAAAACACACAA